AUGGUCAGAUUCACAGCCGUGUUACUGUCGAUUUCAUUUACUGGAUUCUUGAAGUAUCGACUCGAUGAGUUUCAUUUGGAUGUCACGGACUUACAGUUAUUACUCGCAGCUUCCUUCAAAAGCACUGCCUGCCUCUGGACGGACGAAACUACAGAUGCCUCGAAAAUGGACUUUCUUUCAUUUUUCUUCUAUCCUUCAACUAUCACUGGUCCCUGGAUCAGCUUCUCAAAUUUUCUUCAAACAAAAAGGGAAGAAGAAAAUCUCCAAAAGCCGUCUCUAUCAACCUUUUUCCUUGAUUCCCUAAAAUGGGUUUUUGUAACGAUACUUCUCGAGGCAGCUGCGAGCUGGUUCUACACUUCCCUUCUCAUCCGAGAUGUCUCCUUGAUAGAACACUGCCCUUGGCUUUCUUUGAUCGCUUUGGUCAGCGUUAUCACUUUUAAAACCUGGGCGGAACUGUACUUUUGCUACGGACUAAACUACGCAGUGAUCAAACUCGACGGGAUGGAAUACAAUCCCCCGCGACCUGUCUGGCUCAACGACGGUUUCAGACAAGUCUGGCGAACUUACGACCACGGACAGCAUCAAAUUCUGAAAGAAAAUGUCUACAAGCCGAUUUUGAAGGAGGGAGGAAACGAGAUUCUAGCUGCGUUUUGCUCCUUUAUGCUCGUAGCUUUCUGGCACAGUCCGUUGCCAUAUUACAAAGAUGGCCGUUCAAACUGGAACAGCAUUCUCGCCUAUUUUGUCUUCGGAUUCGGCAACUUUUUCUUCACAGUCGCUGAAACUGCACUUGCCGACUUCAAAAUUGCUGGCUUCAAAGUUUGGAAAGCAUUUGCCUUCAUUGCCAUCUACCCAGUGAACAUUUACUUCAUCUGUUCGAACUUCCAGCUUGCAAACAUCAUUAUUUCACGACUCUUUUUCGACUGGAACAUUAUCGUCGGAGUCAUAGUCGGAUACUGUGCAGUUAUUGCCCUCGAAAAGAAGAAAAUUUCAAAAGAUUUAGUCUAA